CUUUAUGGAGCCAGUUCUUUCCUUCUACCCCUUCAUGGAUGGUUCUUGGCUUCCAACUCAGGUUACCAGGCACCUUUCCCAACUGAGCCCUCCUGCCAUUCCUGGUGAACUACAUUUAGCUAUCAGGAUUAUCAGAGAAUUAGAACAGUUAAAAACUACAGAAGCCAGAAGUGAUGGUGCACACCGUUGGUCCCUUGAGAGGCAGAAGCAGGAGGAUCUCUCCAUAACUGUGUUGCCCGAUGAAGAGCAGAAUUUGAAUCAUUAUGUACAAAUUUUACAGAACCUCAUAAUGAGUGUCCCCACCAGGGAGCAGGACUUUGAGAAAAAGACGAGGUCCUCAAAAACUGUGGAUAGUGGAGAGCCGACGUCAUUGUCAUCUGAGGUGCCAUUCACCCUUGGGCUAGUCUCCCCUCAAGAAAUCACCACUGAGACUGAAGUUUUGAUCAGGCCCAUCGAGGGAAAGGCAACUUCCCCUACUGGCCGCUUCACGCAGGGGAUAGAUAGAAGAACCCAAAGUACAGCAUUCUGGUCCAUCCGGCCAAACAACGUUUCUAUUGUUUUACGCACAGAGGAACCGUUUAUUGAAAAAGAGCCGGAGCCGGAACCGGAACUGAAGACUAAGGCGCCACUGACUGAGCCUGAGCCUGAGCUGGAGACGGAGUCUGAGCCGGAACCCCGGCAAAUGUCAGAGUCUGAGGAAGAGAUAGAGACCAGCACACCGCAAAAUAAGUUUCUAACGGGGACCUCACGGAUGACAUCCGUGGUCACCCAGCCAACUAGCACUGAGGGAUCACGUAUUACUGUAACAGUAAAGACCACCAGCACCAUGGAUGUCUCCACAGACUCCGAGGAUGUGCCCCAGCUCUCGGGCCAGUCGGAAAUCCCGAAUGCUGAAGACUUAUCUGGACGUCACUCACUGAAUACAAAACAUGAGGAUAUUUUGAGAAAAAUUAACAGUAUUAAUGCACAGAUUCAGCAGGGGCUUCUUGGUGACAGUAACAGUCCCGAGUACAAGGAGUUCAUCAGGGCCUCCAGGGACCACCUGAACCGGAGCCUGGCCCUGGCCGCAGCCGCCGAGCACAAGUUGCAACAGAUGUACGGAUCUAACGUCUUCCCAGAGGGACGAACCAGUGACCCAGACGAUAACAUGGAAAUGAUUAUCAAUAUGCUGUACAAUUCCAGGUCCAAGUUGUCAGAUUAUUUCAAUACUAAGCUUGUACCAUCAGAGCUGAGAGAAAAGGCUUCCGUUGUGACUGGUGUGUUGCAAAAAGUAUUAUGUGUAGACCAGGUAGAAAUGCAAAGCCUCGUUAAGAAGCUGUUGAGCAAUAAUAUGAAAGUCCUAAAUAGUUUUAGUGUCCCGUGACCAGACCAAACUCAUUUAAGCAAAGGGGUUGCUCACAGGAAAAUACGCAUAGUGAUUUAAAAAUUGCCUAAAAUAUCUUCUACUAUAUUUCCAUGUGCUAACAUUCUUAUGUGUCAUAUCAUAAAAUAUUUUCAUAUGCACUAAAAUCCUAACAAUUUUAAAAUAAAAAUUUGCUUCAUGAGUUUGUAGCUUUUUUUCUCUCAUUAAUUUAAGUUGUGAAGAGCCGGCCUCUACAGUGUUUAUGAUUUGCUUCUUCUAAGUUCACAGACUGCACUGUGUCAGGUUUUAAAGAACUGCUUACAGUUUGAAUCCACUUGUAGAGCAUCUGGAUUUUCUGUAUGAAUGGUUCACCAAAGGCUGGUGGCAGGAGCUCUCCCGUGUGGAUGCGUGUUGCUUCCUUGGAAGGUUGGUGAUGUACUGGGGUCAUUUUGGGGGCCAUAACCUGGAUCUGUAACGAGGCUCAUCUUCACAAUUUCCUCCUUUGCCUUGCAUACAAACACAUUAAAGAUUUACAGAUCUUUUGAUAGCAGAAGAUCUAUUUGACUAUUUGAUCUAUUAUGACUGAUACCGGUUAAGUUAGACAUUCAGUAUAAUAAUGAAAGUGAAGUUUUGUUUCAUGACUUGACCAGUAUUAUAUUCAAGUUCAUUUACUUAACACUCAUUCAUCAAGCCAGUCAUUUACAGAUCAAUAAAGAUUUAUUGGCCUUCUGCUAGAACAAAAUGCUAGGCUUUGGGGAUAGAGUGAAGAGCUAUUUCCCUCUCUCUUUGAGAUUAUAACUGGGAAGCUAGAUAUUGAACAAAGAUUUCCAUAUUUUAAAUUUUCAGUUGGGACAAGCUAUUAUGGGAGGUAGCUGUCUAAUUUCAUGUAGCAUAUCAAGAGAACUAGCCUCAGUGAGUGACAUUUGAGGGGAGGUCUGAGAGACGAGGUGUGCUUGGGGGGAAGAGAAUGUUCCAGGUGCAGGAAGAACGUGUGAGUGUUGAGCUGAGGCUGAGGGUAGCAGGUUCAAGAAGGGGUGUACAAAGGCCACAGAGAACAUUCGAAGACAGAGCAGGCACAAAAGGUCAGAAGGAAGCUGGCAGGCCUCCUGCUGUGCAUUAACUUUCUUAUCUUUAUCUUGUUUUCCGCUUUGUAUCAGACGCCAGUGAGUUUAAAAGCAACAUUCUGGCUACAUAGUUUUCUGGGCAGGCGGAGGUGGACAGGAGCCGUGCAGGAGCCAGGUUUGCCUUGGAUUACAUGGGAGGAAGUGACAAAAGCCAGAACAAAUAGAACCAGCGACUGGGGGAGUAACGGUGACCAAACACAAAUCCGUGUAGGGCUGUAGUGUAAAGUGAUACGAGGUUUGCUUUCAUAAAAUCACUGUUCACUGUGCUUUUUUUUUUUUUUAAAUAACUUACUAUGAAAAACUUUUAAGUAUUGCAAAGGUGAGCCGUAACGUGGUUAACAGUUCACAGCCAUUACCCAGUGUGAACAGUCUUUGUCGGUCUGUCUAGCCCUCCCCUCCCCCACUUCCUGUAUGUUCAACUGGAUCCCCCAAGACUUACCAGUUCAUCUCCAGCUGUACUGUGUGAGGCUCUCUAAGCUUUUGAAGAACACUUCCAAAUGUUUCCUAACAAUGUCAUCACGUGCGGCCAGUGGUAUCUAGUCAAUGUUUACAAAGUGAUUAGACAAUGGGAGAUUUGGAGUUUGUAUGAAUCAAGAUCAAAUAAAGUUCACACACUGCUAUUGC